AUGGGUGGCUGUACAACACUUCAUGCUGCCUCGAUGCAGGGUCAAGCACAAGUCGUGGAGUGGCUUUUGCUGACUGGGGCAGCCGUAAAUGUCCCAAACAAGGAUGGUAACACGCCACUGCACUCCGCAUCCCAAGGUGGCAGCAAGGAGGUCGUUGAGCUGCUCCUGCGCAAUGGCGCAGACGUGGGUUGCACCAGACAGGACGGUUUCACACCACUUCACUGUGCGUCGUAUCAUGGACGUAAGGAGGUUGUUGAGUGUCUCGUGCAGAACGGCGAGGACGUGAAUUUCCAUGCAAAGAAUGGGAGCACACCGCUUCUCUGUGCAUCCCAGGGCGGCACCAGGGAAAUGGUUGAGUUCCUCCUACAGAACGGCGCGGACACGGGUUGCACCCUGAAGAAUGGGUGCACGCCGCUUCACUGUGCAUCCCAGGGUGGCAAAAAGGAAAUUGUUGAGUUCUUCCUUCAAAAAGGAGCAGACGUGCGCUGUGCCUCACAGGACGGCUACACACCGCUUCACUGUGCAUCCCAGAAUGGCGACAAGGAGACUAUUGCGUUUCUUCUGGAUAAUGGCGCAGACGUAUGUUGCACCAAAAAGGGUGGUUACACGCCGCUUCACUGUGCGUGCCAAAAUGGCAAGAAGGCGGCUGUUGAGUUUCUCCUAGAGCAUGGUGCUGGCGUGUGUUGCCGCACAAAGGUGAGAAUACUCUGA